CAACACGUGCUUUCUGCUCCCACGCUCUUUUGUUUUUGUCCAAAUCCGCCUACCCUUUCUUUCAGCUUCACGGUUACACAUACGGAGGAAGAGAUUCAGAGAGAUAGAGAGACAGAGAGACUUUCGGGGUGAUGAAAACAGGAGUUUCCGACGACAACUGGAAGUCCGAUGACCCACUACCGGCGGGCUGGACAGUUCAAGUCAAAGUCAGAAGCAACGGUAAAAAAGACAAGUGCUACUUUCCUCCCUCAGGUGAAGGUAAAUUCUACUCCAAACUAGAGGUGGUUCGCUAUCUUAACAACAGCCGUCCUAAAUCUGAAGAGAAGGACAAGAGCACUGAUCAGGACUCAGAAAAUGUUGUAGUUGAGAAGGCUGAGCCAAAAGGGUUACCUCCAGGAUGGACCAAAGAAAUCAAAGUGACAAAGAAAGCUCGUAAAAUCAGAAGGGACUCGUAUUACACUGAUCCUGUAAGUGGAUAUGUAUUCCGCUCAAUGAAGGAUGCACUUCGCUAUCUUGAAACUGGGGAGUUAGGAAAACAAGCAUUCAAGCCAAAAGACAAAGGCAACUAUGACGUUGAGUUGGAAGAUGACAAAGCCUGUUCACCAGCUGCAGCAAAGAAACAAAUGUUGGCAAUCAGUGGAACAACAAGCCCAAUUGCAAGUGAGAAUAGCUCAAAGCCGUUUGAAGUUGAGAAGGAUGAACAAGUACUUAGUUUGGCUACUACAGGAGAAUUCAUGCCCGUCUCUGAGCAUGGUGGAGUAGGUGCUCAGUCUAACAGCUCAGAAGUGCCAGAGGGCAAAGGUUCAAACCAAACGGUAGGGAGGAGUGAUCCUGCUGGAAGUGUAAUAGCUACUGCAGUUGGUGUCGUCCCAAAUGAACCCCCAGUUGAAGGUAGGGUGAUGAAGGAGGAAAUUAAAAAUGCACCUCAAAAGUACAAGAAAAAGAAUCUCGACCUGCCCCGCAGGGCUUCAAAGCGACUUGCUGGCCUUCCGCUUGAUCCUACACCUGAAUUGAAAACAACAAACCGAGCCCGUCAAGCUUCAGUUAAACAGUCCGAUGAUACUGUUGCUUGUAGAGGUGGAGGUUUUUCCCAUACGGAGCUUGCUACUGAGCUCUCCAAAAGCACAGAAUGUUCAUUUCAGUCAAAUAAGAGCAAGCAUCCUAUUGGACAUGCGGCUGCUCCAAGGGAACAUGUGGGGAAGGUAGAAACUGAGAAAAGGGUGAUGGGAAGCCUGGACAUGCUGUUGUUUCACCUUAAUAAGAAGCAUGAACAAGCUAUUGUUUCACCUGCUAGGAAUCUGGCUAUUACAGAGGAACAUGCUGGAAUGAUUCUAAAUGACAAUAGUGCAGAUGAGAAGUCAGUACCGCCUAUUGACUUGCCACUCGGGGAGUUAUGGCAAGAUCCAUGCAUUGCAUUUGCAAUAAAAACUCUCACUGGAAUAUCAUUCGACAAUUCUGGAAUUGUACAAGUCUCAUCAGGGUCAAACAAUAGUGAAUUUGGGAGCUCAGCUGCUCUGGAAGACCAUACUAUAAAAGAAGAUGGUCGUAGGAAGCAGGGAUGCACUGUUCAUCAACCUCUGGGUAAUAUAGUUGCUUCAGAAGAACAUCCUGGAGAGCUUGACAUUGGUGAUAAAGGAGAUGAGAAGCCAGGAUCCCCUCUCAGCUUGCCUUUUGCAGAUGCGUGGGCAGACCCCUGCAUUGAAUUUGCUAUAAAAACUCUCACAGGUGCAAUUCCGUUAGACUAUGAUAUGGUCAUUCAGGAUUGUCUUCCACAGAAAGCAAGUUCAUCGCAGUCACAAGAAAGUAGUGGUUUGACCUUGCAGAAUGUAGGUGAGCCCGGUCAAACGGAAUUUUUUUGCCCGCAGUUUGGCAUUUCAGAGAAGCCUUCCUACAAUCAAGGGGGUUUGAUGGAGCCUUCAUUACCACACGCAAAAGACAUGGAGUUAGGAUACAUGGGUGGAGCCAUUCACCAUCAACUUAGUGAAGAGAGAAGCAAAGAAUAUAAGAGGUAGGAAAUCCGGUUAUAAUCGUACAUUCAAUGUACAGUUUAGGGGACUUCAUUCUGGACAUUAUUAUUUUUCGGGAUGAAAUCAUCUGUAAUUCUCUAGUUAACUUGAAAGUUCACCUAUUGAUGUUUCUGUAAUCAGAUAAUUUAUUCUCAUUCAUUUGAGGGAAAGAUAUUUGAACAUCAGGUCUUUUGUGAUUUUGA